GCCUGGCCACACCGGGAUUGCCCGGGGCCCAUGGGGAAUCCCAAGUCCGGGGAGCCCGAGGUCCCAGACCAUGAAGGCCUGCAGCGCAUCACUGGUUUGUCUCAGGGCCAUUCGACCCUCAUAGUGGCGGUGCUGUGUUACAUCAACCUCCUGAACUACAUGGACCGCUUCACCGUGGCUGGAGUCCUUCCAGACAUUGAGCACUUCUUCAACAUUGGAGAUAGUAGUUCUGGCCUCAUCCAGACUGUGUUCAUCUCCAGUUACAUGGUGUUGGCACCAGUGUUUGGCUACCUGGGUGACAGGUACAAUCGGAAGUACCUCAUGUGUGGGGGCAUUGCCUUCUGGUCCCUGGUGACACUGGGGUCGUCCUUCAUCCCCAGAGAGCGUUUCUGGCUGCUCCUCCUGACCCGGGGCCUGGUGGGGGUCGGGGAGGCCAGUUACUCCACCAUUGCGCCCACCCUGAUCGCCGACCUCUUCGUGGCAGACCAGCGGAGUCGGAUGCUCAGUGUCUUCUACUUUGCCAUUCCUGUGGGCAGUGGUCUAGGCUACAUUGCGGGCUCCAAAGUGAAGGAUGUGGCUGGAGACUGGCACUGGGCUCUGCGGGUGACUCCAGGUCUGGGGGUGGUGGCUGUUCUGUUGCUGUUCCUGGUGGUACAAGAGCCCCCAAGAGGAGCUGUGGAGCGCCACUCGGGUUCACCACCCCUGAGCCCCACCUCAUGGUGGGCAGAUCUGAAGGCGUUGGCACGAAAUCCGAGUUUCGUCCUGUCUUCCCUUGGCUUCACUGCCGUGGCCUUCGUCACGGGCUCCCUGGCCCUCUGGGCCCCAGCGUUCCUGCUGCGCUCCCGUGUUGUUCUGGGGGAGACCCCUCCCUGUCUCCCUGGAGAAUCGUGCUCUUCCUCUGACAGUCUCAUCUUCGGACUCAUCACUUGCCUGACUGGAGUCCUGGGCGUGGGCCUGGGUGUGGAGAUCAGCCGCCGCCUUCGCCGCAUCAACCCUCGGGCUGACCCGCUGGUCUGUGCUACCGGCCUCCUGGGCUCUGCGCCCUUCCUCUUCCUGUCCCUGGCCUGUGCCCGAGGCAGCAUCGUGGCCACCUACAUUUUUAUCUUUAUUGGGGAGACCCUGUUGUCUAUGAACUGGGCCAUCGUGGCUGACAUCCUCCUGUAUGUGGUGAUCCCAACUCGACGCUCCACUGCUGAGGCCUUCCAGAUUGUGCUGUCCCAUUUGCUGGGCGAUGCUGGGAGCCCUUACCUCAUUGGUCUAAUCUCUGACCGCCUCCGACGGAGCUGGCCUGCUUCCUUCUUGUCCGAGUUCCGGGCCCUGCAGUUUUCACUCAUGCUCUGUGCUUUUGUUGGGGCACUGGGUGGUGCGGCCUUUCUGGGCACGGCCAUGUUCAUCGAGGACGACCGCCGGCGGGCUCAACUCCACAUCGCAGGUCUGCUGCAUGAGACGGGGCCCUCAGAUGACCGGAUUGUGGUACCUCAGCGAGGCCGUUCCACCCGGGUCCCCGUGUCCAGCGUGCUCAUCUGAGGAAGCUGUUACCCAGCUACAGGUGCACCACAGCCAGCCCCGGGCCCACCCCAGGAGGUGCCCAGGCGGAAGCCCUCACCAGGCCCAGGUCUAAGGAGGAAGCCCUGGGCUGUGUCCCCGCUUCCAGACACUACAUAGGCAGCCCAGGGAAGAGAUGGGGGUCCAGAAAUGGGGCUUGUCCCUGUCUACUAGGGCAGCCCAAGGGGUUUGGUGCUAUUUGUAAUGGAAUAAAAUUUGUAAGCAGACUGUGA